AUGACAAUCACCUACGCUAUUGCGGGAUGGUGGCUACAGCAAAAGCCCGAUGACCAGGAGUAUGGCAAAUGCAACCAGGAGUUGGAAUCUGUCGAGGGCACAGGGAAACUUGCGUCGAUCCUGGGAGGAGCGACUUUCGAGAGACUAUUGAUCAUGGCGCAGCAGGCGCUCAGCUUUUUGAGCUGGUUGGGCCACAACCCAAAUUCUACACCAUCAGAUGUGCCCAGCAAUGAGGAUGUGAAAGACACUUCAAGCAUCUGUACACCAACAUCUCCUGGACGCCAAACCGAGCUCUACCAGUUCGCAAUUGAUGACAUUGAAGGAGUCGAAUGUUAUUACGGUUUGAUGUAUGACCUGAAAUCUGCUCGCGUACUAUUUGCCGCGAAAACCAAAGAUGGAAUUAGGGUAGGAAUAUCUAAUUGGGAAACAUUCAUCAAAGCAAAGGGUGCUAGGAGCGCAGUUGAAAAGAUGGAUGAGGAUCUGAAAGAACUCGCAAGCAAAUACGGGCUAGCCUGGGAUGAGAGAUUGGACACAACUGAUGUCUUGGAGAAUGGGCGGAAAUGA